AUGUCCCGGACCAGCUCACCAUCCGAAGACCAACAACCAAACGCUAAACGGCGCAAAAUUGGCCGGCCCUCACCCAAAUUCAUUCACCCCUACGGCACUAUGGCGUCGACGGACAAUGUCGAAUCAGCCCAGUUGGAACUCACUGAGGUCGAAUCGAAGCUCAGACAGCUUCUACUGGACGUGGCUGCUUACAUAGACGAAGCACCCUCAGGCAGCGAUGUCACUGGUGAGCAGGUUCCAGAAGAGCUAGCGAAGGAAAAGAUUGUAUUGCGUUGGACUGGCGGAUGGGUGCGCGACAAGCUCCUCAAAAUUGGCAGUCAUGAUAUCGACGUUGCCAUCAACAAGAUGACUGGUGAGCAUUUCGGCCUAAAGAUGCAAGAGUAUCUCGAGAUACCAGGCAAUGCUGAAAAGCACGGUCUGAUCGACAAAAACGACGCCCUCAGUGGACGCGACAAGACGAAGAAGAUUGCACCGGGGCUGCACAAGAUUCAGGCAAACCCUGAAAAGUCAAAGAACCUCGAGACCGCAACCACCAAGAUCAUGGGCAUCGACUUGGACCUCGUCAAUCUGAGGAAAGAGACAUAUAACGAAGUUUCUCGUAACCCAGAGAUGGAAUUUGGUACAGCGGAAGAGGAUGCUAUGCGGCGCGACGCUACCGUCAACGCUAUGUUCUACAAUCUCCACACUUGUCAGGUCGAAGACUUUACUGGACAGGGACACAAAGACAUGGCUUCCAAGAUCAUCCGUACUCCACUAGAGCCUUACCAGACCUUCAAGGAUGAUCCGCUCCGGGUACUGCGGCUGAUCCGCUUUGCUAGCCGCCUCGAUUACACGAUCGAGCCGGAGACAGCAAAGGCAAUGGGCAACGCAGAGAUACAAGACGUCUUGAAGAUCAAAAUCAGUCGUGAAAGAGUCGGAAUAGAACUCGAGAAGAUGUUGAAGGGUCCCAGACCACGUAUGGCUCUAGAGCUGAUCGACCAGUUCGGCCUUUACAGGACAGUCUUCACAGAUCCUACCCGCGAGCUAUCUGAACCGGACACAGCCUACUUCAAGCCAGCAUACAACUUUGUUGAGACCAUCAUCCAGAAGAACGCCGAUGUACCAGCUGCUAUCCCCGAUACCCUGCUGAGAAACGAGGACGAGAGGUAUCUAGCUUGGGUUUGCGCAACCAUGAUGCCUUGGAUGGAUGCACCCACAAUACCUCAUCAGAAGCCACUACAGCGAGCUUACUUCGCUGCUUAUCUAGUAGCUCGCGAAGGGUUCAAGGCCCCAAAUAAGAUCUGCGACGUCAUUGCGUCUGCUUUGAGCAACAGCGAGGAAAUCCGCAACGUCGUCACUCGGUGCGCCAAGGGACUUCGGAGACCGGAUACCAUCAACCCGACAGAUGAUGCCACUGCCAGGGAUACUUUGGGCAUGGCUAUCCGUCGUUGGAGCUCGAGCUGGAGGACGCAAGUCUUUAUGAACCUCGUCUACGAGAUUGUGCUUGGGCGGGUGUCAAAAGACGAAAUUCUUCGAUCAUAUGACAGCUUCCUUGCCCGGGUUACCGAGCUCAAGAUUCUUGAUGUCGACACGUUCAGACCUCUUCUCAAAGGUACAGACCUUGCCAAGGCACUUGGUACCAAGCCUGGCCCUUGGAUGAAGGACGCCCUCGAUGUCGUUAUGGCCUGGCAGCUACGUAAUCCCGACACAACUGAUCCCACCGCUGCCAUUGAGGCCGUAAAGGCUUCUAAGGACGGACAAACUGAUAGUGAGCUUUCCCUUCGCCUGGCACAUCACUUUCUUCAGCUUACCAUCCCACCUCUCUUUCCGCAGAAUAAGCCCACGUCGAAUGCGCUGGAAGCUUCGCGGCAACCGGCCCCUUGGAAAGACACUGGGAAUCAGUAUGCCUUGGACCUGCUGGAAUGGGCGAUCAGCACACUCGACCGGAAAACGAUAGAAGGGAAAUGGCAUUUGCUGAUGCCUCCAAUACUGAAGAUGAUGGACGACAUUGAUAUGAAAUGGAAAGCGAGAGGAUGCCACAUGCUCGGUCUGUUACUCGAGAAUCUGCACCAGAAGAUCGGGAUAGACGCUGGGAAGAAGUCAUCGAUAGCCGUGCAGAGUUCCACAAGCUUCCUGCAACGCACUGGGUAUCACAACAUCUUUACUGAGGCUCUGUUCCCCAUGUUUACCUACAUCCCUUCCAUCACACCGGAAAACGAAUCUGUCACCCUUUUCAGAGAAGUGUUCCCUACUAUCAUCUCACUCGCCCAGCUCCUCCCGACAGACCCCAGCAAAGGCCUUUCCCGAGAACGCUUCUUGGACAAAAUUUUGCGUGAAGGGGUCCUCUCUCCUCUUGCACAUUUCCCUACACCCUCGUCGUACCCAGAAUUGGCCACCUUGAUCAUGUCACACAUUCCUGUAUUGUUAGGCCACAUGGGCAUUGAUUGCGUCAAGCACCUUCGCGACCUUGUGCCUCUGAUCUCAGCUAUACUGCAGGAGCCGUUCGCACUUAGUCACAAGCCCCUUCUUCUUUCAGCACUGAAAGCGCUGCAAAGCGUGUUGCUCAAUGCGUGGCCUAGGCUACCGGGGUACAGGGGAGCAAUCAUGAUGGGCAUAUGUUUGCUGUGGGCUCGGUGUGUAGAAGAGCGAAAGAAGGCCGGUAGUCAGGACAUCGAGGAAAUAACACGCCAGACACAGGAAUCGGUCGCUAUGCUGGACGCGAUUAUGCAGGCUACCGAGACGGACGGACUAGCGAAAGUCUGGGAGCAGGAAAAGCAGGAUCUGAUGCAGGCCUCAUCCGGAGUUGAGGAAUUAUUUGACGAGUGUGUGACCGGACAAGAGUAA